AUGGCCCUGCAGGAAGAUGACAAGCCCUUCCCAGUCAAGCUCUCCGACGAGAGUUUCGAAACCUACAACCUCGAUCCUCCCCCAUACACCCUUGAUACCACGAAAAAGGAGCUGAAACAGAUGUACUAUGACAUGGUAGCAAUACGUCGCAUGGAGAUGGCCGCCGAUCGAUUGUACAAGGAGAAGAAGAUCCGAGGAUUCUGCCAUUUGUCCACCGGUCAGGAAGCCGUCGCUGUGGGUAUUGAACACGCAAUUACCAGGGACGACGCUAUCAUCACUGCCUACCGAUGCCACGGCUUCGCGCUCAUGCGUGGUGGCACCGUCAAAUCCAUCAUUGGCGAACUGCUUGGGCGACGAGAGGGCAUUGCCUAUGGAAAAGGAGGCUCGAUGCACAUGUUCGCUCCCAAUUUCUACGGUGGUAAUGGCAUCGUUGGAGCCCAAGUGCCUGUCGGCGCUGGUAUUGCCUUUGCGCACCAGUACACUGGCAGUAAGACGGCGACGGUCACCUUGUACGGAGAUGGCGCUUCCAACCAGGGCCAGGUAUUUGAGGCCUUCAACAUGGCCAAGCUGUGGAACCUCCCGGUUUUGUUCGGCUGCGAGAACAACAAAUACGGCAUGGGUACUUCAGCGGCUCGAUCGUCGGCUUUGACCGAGUACUACAAGCGAGGACAAUACAUCCCGGGUCUGAAGAUCAAUGCAAUGGACGUGCUCGCCGUCAAGGCCGCUGUUCAGUACGGCAAGGAAUACACGGCCAGUGACAAGGGACCCUUGGUAUUUGAGUACGUCACGUACCGAUAUGGUGGUCAUUCCAUGUCAGACCCAGGUACAACCUAUCGAACCAGAGAAGAAAUUCAACGGAUGCGCUCGACCAACGAUCCCAUUGCUGGGCUCAAACAGAAGAUCCUGGACUGGGGAGUGUGCUCAGAAGAUGAGCUCAAGUCGAUUGACAAGAAGGCACGAGAGGACGUGGAUGGAGAGGUGGCCGAGGCAGAAAAGAUGCCUGUGCCCGACCCGACGGAGAAGAUCCUCUUCGAGGAUAUCUACGUCCGUGGGAGUGAGCCAGCUUACAUUCGUGGGCGUACACCCGACGAGACAUAUUACUACUGA